AUGUCUGUUCAACAAUUCAACAAAGAAGAUCUUCAAGAAUGGCUCGAUGAUGGUGCAGACGACGAAUAUUCGCAACAAAUCACUCUUCAAGAAAAAUGGCGCAAGAUUGCGAUUUCGAUCAAUCCUGAUUCCACAGAUGGUGAUGCUGUCAAUAUUCAAAUCGAAGAACAAUCGAACUCACUUGCGAUUUCGAAGAAGUGA